GCACAAGAUUUGGCAGCCAUCCCUAGCAGAGUUUAAGCUAUUGACAAAGUUACAAGAAAACAUAGGUCCUGCAUUUUAGUGGAUGGGAGCUAUGAACAACUUUUAUAUUAGUGUUAUUGGUAAAGUUUAACCAGGUAUGUAAAGAACAUUACAGAGAUGUACAUGUAGCAGUAAGAACUUACUAAUGUAUAUGCGUUUCGGGGAAUUUUGCACUUGGAAACUGCAGGAGCAGACAUGGCUACUUUGUGUACAAGUCAAAGCGUGGGAAUAGGUUUCACUUUUAAUACUUUUACAAACAAAACCAGUUGAAAUAAAUCUAGUUUAAAAAAUAUGGAUCGUCUUCAAACGUUAAGUUCUUACCACAGAAUACUGCUGCAAUGAUGUCUAGAUCUUGGUACCCGCCUCCCACCCACACACACACCCCUCCUCUAACUCCUAACGCUGAAUCCGUGUGAUGCAUUUUCACGUCCUUACCUAUUUGCUUAGUCGGGCAUCGUCUUCCCUACACGAUCCAAAAAUUAUUUAAGGACUCACUAAAAUCAGUCGAAGUUCAAGGGUCUCACAAAAUAUAAAAACUGAGAACAUCGUAGUUAGUAAACUUGGCGCUGAGUGAUGAGGAAGGUAUCCUCGAUAACGUUGCCCAUGUAUCGUGGUGCACGACGUAUUGUGGCCCAAGAUAAUCCAAGGGAAGCUACUCGCGUUAGAGGAAGCAGAUGGCGCUCGCUCGCUGUGGAGGCUGUUGCAUGACAUCAACACUACAAACCACAUGACGACGUUACUGGACGGGAAGCAUAGAAAAGAAAAAGAAAGAAAACGUUCGUUCGUAAAUUAAACAGGCGAUAACAAAAAGUUUAUCGGUUAGGGAACAAGUUAAACAUUUGCAAUACAAUUCCAAUGCGUGCCUCCUAUUCUGUUUGCAUUCUGCCGGCGAUAUUGCAGCUGGUGUCGUCGCAUAGUGGUGCUGAGACGGAAUCGAAACUGCUCAUAGUGUCGUUGGCUGGCUUCAGAUGGGAUUAUCUCAGUGGCAGAGCAAAAACUCCAAAUUUCGAUAAAAUAAAAGAAAAUGGUGUUGUGGCGAGACGUGGGAUGAAGAGUGCCUACAUCACAGAAACAUUGCCCAACCACUUCACGCUGGUCACUGGUUUGUGGGUAGAGAGUCAUGGGAUGAUAGGGGACACGAUGUGGGAUCCGAGACUGAACGAGACGUUCGAGGGAAGAAUGGGGCAGAAUCAGGACCCUAGAUGGUGGGACGUAGGUGCAGAACCAAUAUGGAUUACGAAUCAGUUACAGAAGAAGCACGGUCGUUCCGGGUGCAUGAUGUGGGCAGGGUGUGAAGCGCCCAUAAUGGGAAUGACACCUACUCGGCACCAGUCUCUUGAUGGUGAAGUAGACUUCAAGACACGAGUAGACAUCCUUGUCAAAUGGUUUCUGGAUGAAUAUCCCAUCAACUUGGGUCUUCUGUAUUUUGAAAAACUGGAAGAAUGUGGCCAUAAAUAUGGACCUGACUCAAAGGAGGUCACAGCAAUGAUUGAAACAGUGGAUAGACAUGUGGGAUAUUUGCUUGACCAACUUGAGAAGUCUGACCUGCUGGAGUCCAUGAACCUGAUCAUCACCAGCAACCACGGAAUUAUAGCAACACCAACAAACUUUCUGGUGAAUCUGGAUGAUGCCAUAACACCAAAUAGCUAUCGCAUAUUUAUCAGCAGUGCAGUGGCAGGCAUCUUACCAAAUGAGGGAUUGGAAGAAGCUGUGUACAGGAAUUUGACACAGGCUGCCAUGAGAAACCAAACGUUCUCUGUUUACCGGCAAUCAGAGAUACCAGUUCAGAAUCACUAUAAGAACCACUACCGUAUUCCUCCUAUACUGGUUCAGGCCAAUGAGAGCUACACUAUUAUUGCAAACCAUUCAGCAGAAAUGUGGAGAGAAGGUAACCAUGGCUACAACAACAGUCUUCGGAAUAUGUUCGCAUUGUUUAUGGCUGUGGGGCCAGGAUUUCACAAAGGGGCUGAAGUUGAAACAUUUGAUAAUGUGGAUGUUUAUUCUUUGAUGUGCCAUUUGCUGGGUUUGAAGCCUGUAGCAAAUAAUGGAUCCUUGGAUGGUUUACAUAUACUUCUAGAAGACAACGAAAAAACAACUAUUGUCACAUUUGGCACUUAUUUUUUUGUUUUGUUUGUCAUUGCAACGGUGGGUGGCAUCUUUGUGGUGGCAGCAUGCAGGCAGCAUAGAUACUUGAAGAGACAGCGUGGGAAGGUCAGAAGCAUGGAUGGACCAGUAACGUAUUCAGUUCCUUCUAACAACAGUGGGAAGGUACCAUUACUCUCAGAGACAGAUGAGGAAGAGACAUUUCAGUGAUACUGUGAUGUGAGAAAAGAUGUUUUGGUUGAAAGCUGCUACAGUUUGCUAGUGUAUGCAUGUGCAUUUUAGUGUGUGUGUGCAUGUGUGCUUUCUGUUUGUUUUGUGUGUAUUUGGUGCCAUAUUGAAUUAUGUCUUUUAUUUUUUAAUUCUACCUGACCACAAGUUCUUUCCAAAAAUAAAAGCCUGUGAUGCACUAUAUACUCAGUUCAUGGGAUACAACUUUUUUAGGAGAAAAGACUAUUAAAAAACUUUUUUUUAAACAAUUUUCAUUUGCCAUUUGUGUGAAUUUCUAAACAAGAGAGAGGUUGCUGCAGGAUUGACAAAGAAAGGGGGGUGACCAUUGUAAGAAUUUUAUUUCUGUUACUUAGCUUUUCUUCCCUCCCGAUGCUUCCUUUAGUAUUCUGGCUGUAAAGCUUUAUGUUUAUGCUUUCUCUCUGGCGAUAAAAGAUCAUCAUCUUAUUGUCAUGCAUUUUCACAUGAUGUCAUUGUAAUACUUGGUGACUUUAUUGUGCCUCAGGUGUACAGUGUAAAUCACAAGAAACCUCACUCUUGUAAUUGAAGUGUUUGUCUUUCGAUUUGUGUUUGUGUACAUACACAUGUGUGUUGGUCUGCAGCAUGUCAUCAUUUGAGAGAAAAUAAGAGGUUGUUGCUGUUACAAAAGGAUGUUCUGUCUUCAGAUGCAAAUUUCAAAUGAUGUAAUAGUUUCAGAAUGAAAUGUGAUUGUGAAAAGUGAAUAUUUGUUAAAUAAGAAAGGUUUAUUAUUUCUUUCUCUUUGGAGAAUUAUGGUUGCCAACGAGCAUAAUCUUAACUAAACCAACAAUUUGUUUCAGUUUAUUUGACUUUUGGAAAAACCUUGACAGUUUCUCAUGUGUCACAUCUUCUAUAUUCCUCCCUUGCUAGAAGGAUUUGCUUUAAACAUAUGCAACUACUAGUAUCAUAUAGCAGUGUUUACAAACAGUAAAAGCAUGAUUGUUGACAGUUUAUCAGAAAGUAAUUUUCAUGAGCUAGUACUUAAGGUUGAAAUUCUAUGUGAGAAGUGGUACAAAGUUAUCUCCAUAAGUAUAUUAUUCAUUCCAUGAUAUGCAGGGACACAGUUUUGAGGUUCAAUACCAAAAAUCUGUUCAGCCCUUUUUUUGGGAGUGUAGGAUUUACAUACUCUUUGCCAGUUUUAUCAUUACUCUGAAUGAGGCAAGAUAAUAUAUAGUCUCUGCAUACUGGCAUGAGUCAUAUUUUGAGCCUGGGCAUUUUAAACCUAAUGCUCACUUUUAAUGCAUCAGUAGAUUGUGCCUAUAGGUUGCUCUCAACAACACCUGAAAUCAGCAUUUUAAAAAUUGUCUAUUAUUAUUACAUAAAGAUGGUCACUUUUGCCUGGUAUGUGAUCCAUCAUUCCACUUUUUAUAUCUUUAUUUUAUCUCGGGCAUUUUUGUUGAAAUUUUCUGAGAAAGAAUAUAUAUCUUUUUGAAACCAAGCUAGAGUAAAAUAUAUAUUAUAAUCACCACUAUGCAGCACCAUACCCAUUGCAGUUUGUGCCUAACACAAGUGGACAGCCUGCUUUCUUACUGUUUUGUCAUUAAUAUUUGCAAAUGUAUAAAAUUUUUAAAAAAGUAGCUUUAAUAGAGAAGUUUUGUGAACUGUUAUCCUGUGUAUUCCACUGGCUUUUUCCUUGUGUAUUUUAUGUCUUAAAGGAGUGCUUUCACUUAUUAUCUGAUAUGGGUGCCACAUUCUUUCCAAAAUGAGAUCUGUUUAAUAUACGUUUUCCCAAAGAGCAAUUUUUAUACCAUUGUUAAAGAUAUAUAGAAAACCACCAUUUGACAUUUUCUUGAGUCUGCUUUCAUUGUUUUUGUCCAUUAUGCUAGAUAUCUCCCUUUUUUUCCCCUUUUACCUUUAUCUCAUCCCCAGUCCUUACCACCAAGAAAAAAAAAAGACACAAAGGAAAGGCAUACCAAUUCAUAUUUGAUAUAACAGUUUGUGCUGCUGUUUCACAAAACUUUGCAAACUAAAUAAAAUUAGUAAGAGAGAGAGGGAAACCAUGCAACAUGUUAUUGGGAAGAGCAAUAACAACAUGUACAUAAAUUAGUCUCUUAUAAUCAGAAAUUCUCCCAAAUGUGAAUGCAUGUACAAUUCUUUUAUUAGUAAACUUAUAUUAACUGUUGUAUUCAUAGUUUGUACAGAGCAGUGAAAACUAAUUUGAAUGGUACUUUGAGAAGGUAAAAAGUAUGUUUUAUAAAUCUUAAAACUGUUGUGUGAAUCACGAUUGCAACUUCUUCCAGCUUAUUUAACAGUUAAAUUGCUUCUUCUCUUGUGCUGAAAUCUGAGCUUUUGUAUUGGUAGUUAAUGCUUUCUUUGUUAAGGAUGUUCUUUUGUUCUUUGUUAGAGCUUUGCAUGUAAGUGAUAUGACGACAACCUCUAUUUUUUCCUCCCAAGCAUAAAGACUUUGAGCCUACUUUUUCUCUGCAGAGGCUCUGUAUUGGCCAUCUGGGGUAGACUUCAUAGUACCCAGGAUCAGCAGCCACAAAUUUUGGACUGCCUACUUUUCUGGUGUUGGUUUUUGCUGUCUCAUGAUAUUGAUAAAUGAUCUUACUUGGGACAGGAUCCUGGAGUCAGCAUCCCAGUUUUUUUUCCUGCUGAGUUCUUGGCAUGUAGACAAACCUUAGUCGUAAUGUGUUUUUGUCAUUACAGAAAAGUCUGCAGUGGUCAAACCAGCAUUGACGUAUAUGGAAUCAAUAAAUCAAAGCCUUUGCCUAUGUUUAUCUGGGGGUUUUUUGUUACUUGAAUAUGAUUUCUUUUUUCUAUAUUUUUAUUUUAUCUGCUGUUUUCGCAAACAGAAUUUGCUUUAUGUAUCCAUUCUUUAUUACAUGUUUAGAUAUGGUACAUUUAGAUGUUCUUACCCAGGGAAAUCUCAUAAUGCCAUUUUGUGUGCGUGUGUUUGGGUGAAUAAUUAACAGUUAAAAGUGUCUGCUAGAAGUUAAUACUGGAUAGUCUGAUGAAAGAUAAAAGUUGGAGACAACCCACUCAUACAAUAGCAUAAUAAAAACCACUGCUAAAUUUUUUAGAGUAAAAAUUGGUAUCUGUUAAAAGCUAUGCGACAUGGUGUUUAAAAAUGCAAUGAUUUUUGCAUAAUCCUUAAGAUAAAAUUUAAAGGUGUGUUAAAAUUUUUGGUUCUGCACAGUGUAAUUUCAGCAUACCUUUUAAAUAAAGCAUUCGUUGACAGACAUUGUUGUAGAUGCCUUUAAUUUUCACUUUGAGUUUGUAGUGUUCAGUCUUGCAUUAUUUAUUGAGAAUCAUUUGCCUUAAACCUUGAUAAUUUCCUUUUUUUAAAAAAAAAUACUUAUAGCAACCAUUCCUUAACUCCUUUAUCACAUUCCAAGAUUAAAAGUGCGCUUGCUGUUAUCUAAAUAGUUUAUGACUGUGGCGUUUGCUGCUAAUCUGCAAAGAUUCAGAUCUUUUGUCAGAGUCUGGUUUUUCUUUGUCUCUGGUAGGGUUUUUUUUUUCCCUGUGUUGAAUUUUAUGAGGCAAAGGAAAAAUCCAAAGGAGGUAGAAUCUACUUGGUAUAUGAGCAGGAAAGAUGUUUGUAACUGGGAAGAAGGAAGGCAUUUUCUUUGAAAGGGGGUGAUACCUGGAUUGUGACUUCAAAUUUUGAUGCUGUUUUGAUUUGAGUGUGUACUACAUGCAUUCAGUCCUAUGCAUUGCCUAUAAGUAUAGUACAUAUUUAGAAAUUACACUUUUGUUUGGUUGUU